AUGCCAAUAACUGGUGGUAUUGCUGCCCCAACAAUUAUACCCUUAAAAGUUGGCGAUAAAGACAACUUACAAGGUUGUAUUGAUACACAGACAUACAUUGAAAUUGUAUCAGAGACACCAAAUGCCCGUCUUUACUUUACAACAAAUGGCAGCAAUCCAAAUCCAUGGAAAAGAAAAGUGAAUGGACGUGAAGUCACUUUUGUAUAUAAAGCACCAUUUGCACUUCGUCCUGGUCGAAGAGUUGUUAAAGCUAUGGCUGUUCACAGUGUAACAAAUGUCGAAAGUCAUACAGUUACACGGAAAUUCAACGUCUUGGAGGCCAAUUCAGAAGAAAAUCUUCAACAGUCUAACAAACAAAUUGUUUCAGAUGGUGAUGUAGACAAUACAAGUGAUAUUCUGGAUAUUCUUGACAAUUAUGAUACGGAAGAUGAGGAGGAAUUCGGUACUGUCAAUCGCGGUAGAGGGGAUGCUUAUACGUCUGCAAUACUGCAAAGGCGUAACAACGAUUUCACCGAUGAUAUUGUAGAAAAUUUUAUGCGAAGAAAUGCAGAUCAAGGUUUUGCAGCUACAAAUCAUUCAGGUACACAAAUUAAUCUUUGGGGUCAAAUGCCCGGUUUAAAUUGGGAUGUACGUACACCGAAUUCAGCGAAUAUAUCUGGUUCUUAUCCCCUAUUGAACAACUACAGCAGCGCCAGCAGUGGUAUACCAUUUUGGUCUUCUUCACCAUUGAAUAAUAUUGAAAAUACGGUUAGUCCACAACAACUCAGUACAAUAGCUAAUCAUUUAACCCAAUGCAUAGAUCGAACACGUCAAAUGACUGUCGAAGAAGUUCGUGGACUUAUGAAACAACUUACUGACAAAUUUAAUGCAAAAGACAAUGGUGAUUUAUACAAUAUGGCGAAUCAACCAGUAUCAGGAGUCGGCAAUGUAAUAGAACAAAUUGAGCAUGUGAAAAAUCAUUUAAUUAAAUAUGCCAAACAAGAUAAAGAAUUCUCAGCGGCAUUAUCUCAAGCAAAAAUUGGUAAUGUGAUUUCUGCAGAUUUUGAUGAAACUGACGAUAGUUACCUACUAACAAUCCAUCUUGAUAAACCAAUGAAAACUGAACAACCAAGUAAAACGUCACGUCGUCCUAGUGAAAAUAAACAAAGUCAAAAGAAGCCGGCAUUGCCAACGAAAUCUGUAACACCGAAUAAACCAAGUUCACCAGCUAGUGGAAGUGUCCCUAAUUCACCAGAAAAAACAAGUCAAGCGGAUAGUAUUCCUGAAGAAAUUAAGGCAGCACAUGACAAAUAUCGUGAAGUAGAAGAAUAUCCAUUAGAACCAACUUUAAAACCUUCAGCUGAUUUCGAUCCUGACAAAGACUGUGAAAAAUUACAUCAAGCUAUGGCGGGUAUGGGUACAAAUGAGAAAGCUGUCAUUGAAAUUAUGGGCCAUCGGUCAUCAGAACAACGUGUAGUCAUAACACAACGAUAUAAGUCAAUAUUUGGUAAAGAUUUAACCUCGAAAUUUAAAUCAGAAAUGAGUGGCGCGCUAUAUGAUUGUAUGAAGGCAUUGUGUUAUUCACCUGUGGAGUUAGAUGCACGUGAAUUACGUAGAGCUGUUGAAGGAGCAGGUACAGAUGAAGAUGCUUUAAUUGAAAUUCUAUGCUCUCGAACAAAUGAUCAAAUAAAACAGAUAAAAGAAACGUAUACUAAAGUAUUCCCUAAUCGUGAUUUGGAAAAUGAUAUAAAAAGUGAUACAUCACGUCAUUUCAAGCGUGUCUGCGUUGCUCUUCUACAAGCCAAUAGAGAUGAAUCAACAAAAGUCGAUACAGAACUUGCUCGAAGAGAUGCAGAAAGUUUAUACCGAGCAGGUGAACAAAAACUAGGAACAGAUGAAUCCAAAUUUGUUCAGAUACUCGUUUCGAGAUCAUAUGCCCAUUUGCGUUUGGUAUUUGAAGAGUAUUCAACCAUUGGAAAACGUAAUAUUGAGGAUACGUUGAAGUCAGAAAUGCAUGGAGAUACACUGCGUGCAUUCCUAUCAAUUGUUUCUUGUAUUAAAAAUAAACCAAAGUAUUUUGCCGAAAAAUUACACAAGUCGAUGAAAGGUCUAGGCACAGACAAUAAAACACUAAUUCGUAUAAUUGUAUCUCGUUGUGAAAUUGAUUUGGGGAUAAUAAAGAAAGAAUUUCAAAGUUUAACUGGGAAAACUCUAGAAGCAUAUAUACAUGAUGACACAAGCGGUGAUUUCCGCUUGAUACUGCUGGCAUUAGUUGGAGCUUGA